UUCAUUCAUAUAACUACUUCUUCUCCAACCAAUUCCAAUUCACAUUCACAUUCACAUUCACGCAUACAUCAAACAACUUCAUAUCAAUUUAUAUAUAUAACCAACGAAAUCAAUAUUAUCAUAUCACCUUCUCCUCUCCGUCUCAUUCAAAAUGCCACCCUUUGCAGGUUCUCAUCCCGUUGGUGUUUUCAGAUCAGACACAAACAUAGUCACAAUCGACGUUGGUGGCCAAAUUUUUCAAACAACAAAACAAACCCUAACCUCAGCUGGACCAAAAACCUUCUUCUCAACAAUCUCACAAACCUCUUCUCCCUACACACCUUUCAUUGACAGAGACCCUGAUAUUUUCUCUCUCCUCCUCUCUCUCCUCCGCACCGGUAAUCUUCCUUCAAAAGCAAAAUCAUUCGAUCUUCAAGACCUUAUCAUUGAAUCCAAAUUCUACGGCAUCGAAAAUCUCUUAAUCAAUUCUCUCUCUAACCCUUCUCAAUUUGAACCUUUCAAUCUUCAAAACUCACUUCAAUUACCCUUAAACGGAAGAGACUCUCCUUCCACCGUCUCUACCACCCCUUACGGUUCCCUCCACGUCGCACACGGUAGCAAGAUUACAACCUUUGAUUGGUCACUUCGCCGGAAAUCAACUAUUCUAACUCACUUUACGGCUGUUGAUUCUCUCCUUGCUUUAUCGCCGUCGUUAGCCGCCGCCGGUGCUAAUGAUUUCUCCGGGUUACAGAUUCUUGAUUUGGAAAACGGUUAUGUAAAGGAUACGUUAAUUUGGGAAAACGUAACGAAAUCUGGUUCCACCGUUCAAGCGAUUGGUUCUUCACCUGAGAACAUGUUUGUUAGCUUUGAAUCUUCACGAAGAAACUCUAAUUCUAUUCUUGUUUAUGAUUUGCAUAGUUUGAGACCUGUUACAGAGAUUGCUCACAAUGAAAUCUAUGGUGCCGACAUCGAUUCAGCGAUUCCGGCCACGAAAUUGCAGUGGAUUGAAAGUCAUAAUCUGUUGAUGGCUUCUGGGUCCCACAGUGGUCCUUCUGGUGUUUCCGGUAAUGUUAGGUUAUGGGAUGUUCGUUCUGGUAAUGUUGUUUGGGAGAUUUCUGAGAAAGUUGAUUGUUUUGCUGAUGUGACAGUUUCUGAUUCUUUGGAUGCUAUGUUUAAAGUUGGUGUGAAUUCCGGUGAAGCUUUUUAUAUGGAUUUGAAGAAUUUGAGUUCUGAGAAAAAUUCAUGGGUUUGUUUAGGUGAUAAGAGAAAGGUUUUGAAUGGGAAAAAAGAAGGGUUUGGUUGCAAAAUCGAAACACAGGGGAAUCAAGUUUUUUGCACUAAGGGUGGUGAUGUGGAGCUGUGGUCAGAUAUUAUAAUGGGUUCUUCUAACAACAGGAUUUUCAAGAAGAAUUUGAUGGGGAGGGUGCAAGAUAUGGGAGGUGCUAAGAUCACAAAUUUGGCUUUUGGAGGAAGUAGGAUGUUCUUAACUAGAAAGGAUUUGCAAUGUGUUGAAGUUUGGCAGAGUUCUUCUAGGGAACUUUGAGUUUCACUUGUUUCUUUUAUUCUUUUUAUUUCUUACGAAAACAUGUGUAGUUACACUGUGUAAAGGAACCUUCAAACUUGUACAUUUUUGUUGCUUAGGAGGUUUUGUUGAAUUGAAAUUGUUUUAAUCUUUUUCUCAUUACAAAUUGUCAUCCUGCAAUGUAUGGAUGGUUAGUUUUGUGAGACAAAUCAAAUAUAGGUUUCAUCUUAUUAUUGCA